AGAGGGUAGCCAAUGAGAGAUCAGACAUGAAAGGUGGUCGUUGCAAGAAGUAGGAGACAGAAAUCCUGGCAAUGGCCUACCACAUCAGAGCACCCCUAGCUACCUAUUCCUCCUCGGCCCUCACUUCUCUAUAGCCCGUGGAAAACAGAAAGAGAAGCUGCCUCAUAGGGCGUGUUCUAAAGGACACAAGAUCUUCUCUGGGGCACACUAGUGUAUGAAAAACCACAAGGGUGAUUCAGCUUACCACUGUCGGCUCCUUCUAUGCAUGCUGAUCCCUGCUGCUCACUCCCAUGGCGCAAGGUGAGGAGAGCUCGUGGUGCAUGGCGAGCAGCGAUCAUGGUAGAGCUGCACCAUUCGUCCAAGCAGUCGCGUGUGGAACCCAAAGGCGCGCUUCUGCCGCACAACCUGCCAAUUUCUUGGAGUUGCAACCUGCAGCAGCUGCUCCUUAUUACUUUGGUGAGUUGGAGGAGGCCCUUAUCCAUGGCACCCGUACAUCUGUUGAUCACGGCAUGAUCGGAAGUGAUGUGGACACAGAGCGUAAGACUGGAUACCUUGCAGCUAGGCCCCCCACACUGGAGAUCUUCCCUUCAUGGCCAAUGAGUCAUCUACAGCAGCCAUACAGUGGUAACUCGCACUCAGUAGGGAGCACCACUGAGUCGAGCUCAGGUCAGAACAGUAUGCCACAGACCGAGCUGGUGUCCCCAGGGAGCAUGAGGGCCGACUCUGGACAGCGUCAGGAGCUUUUGAUGGUGACUGUUGAUGAUUACAACUACGAGCAAGGACUCGGAGCCGCAGCAACCACAGCUCCAAUCUUUCAGCAGCAUGCAGCAGGCCAAGACAAGGGAAAGCAUGGAUCCACAAGGAAAGACGGCAGGCUGUUAGACGCCAAGACCGAGAGGCGAUUGGCCCAGAACAGAGAAGCUGCGAGGAAGAGCAGGCUGAGAAAAAAGGCCUACGUACAGCAGCUAGAGACGAGUCGGAUCAGGCUUCAGCAAAUCGAGCAGGAGCUGCAUGGAGCACGCUCACAGGGUCUGUUCCCGGGAGGAGGUGGUGCGGCUGGAGACUUGAGUUCAGGCGCUGUGAUUUUCGACAUGGAGUACGCCCGGUGGCUAGAAGACGACACCAAGCACAUGACGGAGCUCCAGGCCGUGCUGCAGCCCCAGAUCAUCGACGCGAACCUGGGGGCCAUCGUCGAGGACUGCAUGCGGCACUACGACGAGCUGUUCCACCUGAGGGCCAUGCUCGCAAGAUCCGACGUGUUCCACCUGAUGACCGGCCUGUGGGCGACCACGGCCGAGCGAUGCUUCCUCUGGAUGGGAGGGUUCCGUCCUUCUGAAAUCCUCAAGCAGAUGCUGAUACCGCAGCUCGACCCUCUCGCGGAGCCGCAGCUGAUAGGGAUGUACAAUCUGCAACGGUCGUCGGAGCAGACCGAGGAGGCGCUCGUGCAGGGGCUUCAGCAGCUGCACCAGUCGCUGGCGGACGCCGUGGGCGCUAGUCCUCUCAGCGACGGCGCGAAUGUCGCCAACUACACCGCUCUCAUGGCCCUGGCACUUGACAGGCUCGACACCCUCGAGAGCUUUUACCGCCAGGCGGACAGCCUGAGGCAGCAGACCUUGCACCAGAUGCGGCGGAUCCUGACGACCCGCCAGACGGCUCGGUGCUUCGUCUCCAUCAGCGAGUACCACCGCCGCCUCCGCGCCCUCAGCUCCGUCUGGGCAUCGUCCCGCCCUCCAACUCCUCCAAGCGAGGGCGUCGUUGCGGCCGCAGAGAAUGUUAGCCCUACAGGGACGACGACCGAGCAAGCUCUCCCUCCGUACCACCAUAGCCAGCCGUUCCCUGGCUUCUGAUCGAAGGUUCGAUGCAUGCAUGCAUGCUGGUUGUCGCGGCUAGCUAGGGUACAGAUUCCGUCGUCAGUGGUGGCGAGCGGACGACGAGGCCCGGCCGAGGGGGACAGAUUGUAGUGUAUAACGUUCUUCUAUAUAUCAUUCGUCGAGAACGGAAACAUGCAUCAUCAGUCGGUAUUCAGUCAGUGCAUCAUCACUAUGAAAAAAAAAGAGGACACACAAAGGGUCUCUGCUCUCUUUCUCGAUCUCCCUCUGUCCACUUGUCUUUGUGCCUCUGGCUCUUCAACUCAUCAACCAAAAGGUUAGCACCCCUAAAAAAGUUCGGUGCGAAGAGACCAGAGAGACACAGACAUGUAUGAUCCACCCCACUAAAGUUUAAUUAGGUAGCUAUAAUUUUAAAGUUCGAUCUUACAUUUUAGUCGACCAAAAGUCCUCCCUGCUAAAUUUUAGAUGGAGCGUUUUGAUUCUCUA